AUGAUGGAGUCGGAAAAUGUUACUAGACCUCUUCUGGAUUUCGAGCCUUCUUAUCGAAAUUUGGCAACCGACAGUGCCAUUAUCAGCGAAAAGAAGUUGUCCACAUGGGAAAUGAUCAAGCUGACUAUAUGCAUGGCCGGUUUGCAAUUUACAUGUGAUUACGGAACUCCAUAUCUAAGGAAUUUGGGGUUGUCUUCCGAGCUUAUCGCACUCGUAUGGCUUGCUGGCCCGCUUUCGGGACUUCUUAUACAACCAUUGGUUGGUGCGAUUAGUGACAAGAGUAAAUUUAAGAUGGGUCGAAGAAGACCGUACAUUAUUAUUGGUGGGAUACUGGUCUGCCUCUCUAUGGCGGGGAUCGCAUAUUCGAUCGAAUUGGCCGCGUAUUUGCUGGGGAAAAAGCCAUUGAUGAAUGGUGAAGAUGAG